AUGGGCAUUGGCGAUGCACAGAAUCUGAAGUCAGAGGCAGAGAUCCUCGCAAGACAAUCCCGCCCUCAACGCAGCUCGACAUGGAUUCCGAAGACCCGCGAUUGGCGUUAUGCGACUGGUGUCAUACAGCACGAUGACUUUGAUGAUGCGCCGAAGUCACGAUCAGUAUGGGACACUCUCGACUACGACUACCAGGUAGGCGAAGAGGCUGUCCAUACGACGAAGAGCACGGGGUUGCGAAAUUUGCCAGCCUCACCGAGCAAUGUAGCACCAUACAUCAUAGAUUAUAAACCCAUGACCAUGCCGAAGUCAGGGUGGAUGCAGGUAAAGAGGCUCAAGCGCAGCGACACCCCAGAUGUGGUUAUCGGAGUGGCCAACUACGAGACGAUGGCUCUGAUAGUUCGUCUGCACUUCACGCGCGAGACUCGAGCACAAGUAAAGGCAAUUUUGGAGGGGCUAGACUCCAUCAAGUCUCUUCAUGCUUUCCCACUCUUCAAACGUGCUUGGGUAGAUGAGACGUACGACUUCAAUGCUGCCGCAGUCCGCUCGAAGAUCCGGCCCAUUGAUCGAGCGUACGAUGAGCUUGGUGCCAAUUACCAUUGGUACAAUGACGCUGUGCCGGCUGAUGCUGUCUUCCCACCUGGAGUGCCAAUUUCUGCGAAGGAGAUCAGCGCCUUCUAUCCGCAUCACGUGCGCUGGAAGGGCGUCAUGGUGCGGCUAACGAAAAACGAUUACAGAGGACCUGACAUCAUGGGCAUGCAACGUGACGCAGUGAAGACCUCCCUUCCCGGUUUCAAGACCGCUAGGUACAAGGGCAAGUCCGACUGUAACCUCCGUACCGAUCAACUUGUCCCAGGCCCCUACAUCGAGAGUAUGAGCAAAGGGUACACGCUGCCUUCCUUCGAGGAUCUGGUACGAGGUCUGCGUCGCUUGCCAUCUGGACUCGAUGCUCGUGGCCUGACCACAUGCGUCUCUUGGUACCUCAACAUACGCGACACGUUCACGCCCAAGCUCGAGCUGAACGUACUGCAUACACAAGCGCUCAUCCGUGCUUUGCGCGAGCCACUUAAGCCUUUUGGUCCGCAGAAUUUGGAUCGAAAUGCUUUGGAAGAGUGGCGGAACAGAGGCUCGUUCGAGACAGUGGAGAUCGAGCACAAGAAGCGCCAGCAUCAGCCUGUAGCUGAUGAGACGACACAGGACGGAAGAUCACAACUGCAUCUAAAUCUUGAUCAGGAAGAUGUAUCGAUGAAGGCCACGCUACCACUGCGACAUAUCAUGACGUUCCCUUUCCUUGCGCUGCAUGGCGUCUUUGCUGAGGCACUCAAGCUAGGCAUCAAGAAAGCUGAAGUACACCGAGCUGCAAGGAAGGAAGAAGCGCACGAAAGUGCCCCGAAAAGGUCAGCAAGGACAAAGAGUCAAGAUGUUGAAAUGGCAGACGAGAAGGAACAAAUUGCUUCAGGUCCAGACAAAACGCCUGAGCAGCCCCUACCAGAAGAAAGCAAUGAGCCGCACCGCAUCCCCAAGCGCCCACUCGCCGUCGAGACAAGCGAACUAUCAUCUCACAAGAAGCUCCAUAUUCCUAGUGGUCCUCGCAACCCUACUCCGCCUCUACGCCCGCUUGCACCAGCGCCUCUACCCGAAGGCCGUCACUUGGCUAAUAACAAGCCCAACCCCUACUCCUACUAUGAUUACUUAUGCGCCAGCGCCUCCACCAGGUCGUGGGUUCCGAAGUCGGACCUGGAUGUCUCCGGCCUUGUUGGCAGCACGAGCAUCGCUCACGCCACCACCACCGCCCCCUCCACCUCCGCCUCCGCCGGCGCAGAAUCAAGGAGCUGCGCCCGGAUCGGAAUGACCGGACAGCAUACCCUCUUGAGAAUGGAUAUGGUCAUAGAGACUUAUGGGAGCGGCGACCGGAUCACGAUGGUCGAAAUUUAUAUCGUCCUGACAAUGGGUAUGGCCGAAGAGACUUUCAUGAGUGGCGGGAAGAGCGAGACGGUGCACAGGCCUUCCAUCCUGACGAUGGCUACGAUCGAAGAGACUUCGAAGAGCGGCGAACAGAUCAUGAUGGAGGAAGUUCAUAUCGCCCUGACCAUGCAUACGAUCAUGGACACUUCCAGGGGCGGCGACAAGCACACGAUGACGGAAACUCCUAUCGUCAUGAGGAUCGACGAGAUUUCCAAGAGCUGUCGUAUGAUCGGUAUGAGGGAAGUAGACAUCGUCCCAAGGACGGGUAUGUUCGUGAUGCAUCGUAUCCGUCUCGGUCUGAUCGUCAGUAUGACAGACGCUAGGUACGGCCGAUUGAUUCCUGGAGAUGAAUAG